GCAACUCGAGAGGAAAAAAAAGAAAGGGAACCCAGCCAGCCUUUGAGAAACUAGUGAGAAAGCUUGGAGAUUUCUCCUUCCUUCUUUCUCUAGAACACACCUAGAACCCAGAAAUCUCCCCCCUGCAGGAAGCUUUCAGAUCUGCUAUGCUCUUCCCUCUGCUGUCCGCCGGCUGCUCUUGUUUGUGGGGGCAAAUUGCUUGGGUUUUUGGUAAGAAAUAGCCAUGAAUCUCCCUUCUCUUGCUUGAAUUGGCUUGGGUUAACUUUGAUUGCUCUUAUUUCCUUCAAUUUUUGAGGUAGGCCGUGAGCUUCUUCUCCAAAUUGCCGCCGGCUUCUCUUCCCCCUGCAGCUCAGGUUUUAGCUGGAGAAUUAUGGUUCCCGAUCGUUCUGUCAGUUAGUGCGUGAAUUGAGUGCUCGGUUUUGCAAGUGAGAUUUGUUAUGUGAAUAGAAUUUUUGUAUGCUUUUUGCCACCAUUGUAAAAUCUGGGGAGUUGCAGAGAUCUUUUGUUAUUGAUCCUGUUCCUGUUGGUCUCUACAGUAUAGCUGGAGCUGGAUUACUUGGUAAUUCUGUUGCUCCUUAUCUUUCUGAAAGUCUUAUAGUGAAGUUUCACUUUUUCCAUUUAGAGCUUCGUGGUCUUUUCAUGUGGCUCAUUUUUCUAUGUUGGUUAAUCAAGAGCAGUGAUCAUUCAAUUGAAAUUACCUUGUUUUGUGAAGAUUGGCAAGCUGUCAUAAAGUUAAACUCUAUAGUGUUGCCAAUCUCUACAUUCUUGAUGUUUGUUGAAAUUGCUUAAAACUCUUGAAAUCUGUCUUGAAUCUUUCUUGAUAUUGCUUUGUACUUGUUCUUGAAACUGAAAUCCAGAAAUAGAUAAUGAUUAUUGGAAUCCUCAUUAUCUUGAUACUUGUCUGAAAUUAAUUCUUGCAUUGUUCUUGGAAUCUAUUUUGAAUUGUUUUUGAAAACCAUUCUUGUCCUGAUUCUUGCUCUUUUUCAAAUUAUGUAUACUGCUCUUGCUCAAAUACUGCAUAUUCUGCUAGUUCGUGUACCUGGAUGAUCUUCUUGAUUUUUGAUUUUUGUUCAUAUGGACACCUCUUUAGGAGGGGUGAUGAUUAUUAGAAGAUACCUAUAUGAGGCAUCCUCAUUCUGGUCUCUUGCAAGUGUUAAUCUCUGUAUUCUUGAUGUCCUAGCUUUGACUUGACUCUAAGAUGUCUAGGAUGACUUGAUUGUAAAUCUGCUUAGCCUCCAUGAGCUACGAGGUGAAGGGGUAAUCUUUGAAAUACUUGAUGUCCUGGAGUUUUGUUUCAACUGAAAUUGUUCUUGAUCUCAGCCAUUGUUUUGUUCUGUUAAUUAAUUCUAGUACUUGAGAGUGGCGCAGCGGAAGCGUAAUAGGCCGUGUUCUGUUCCUAGAAAGUGAUGAGGCAAUUGUUUUGUCUUGGAUUGUGUGAAGCCAUUCACCACUUGAUAUGGUCCUCAAUUUGAGUUUUGGGGACAAAACUCCUUUUUAGGAGGGGUGGAUGUAAUACCCCGAAAUUUUGUGAUAUUUUAGCAUUCAGUUAAGGACUAAAUUGUGGAAAGAUAU